AACUACCUAACCUACCUAGUAGUUGUUUCGUAACAGCUCGCGUUUUUCAGGCACUUUGCAGAUUGCGUAUAAUUUCUUGUAAAUUUAAACAUGUAUCACCAAUUCAGUAGAGCUACUGGAAGGCUGGUCGCAGCUACAAAUUUGCAGACCCCACUAUUUCCGGUUGCACCAAUUGCAUUGCAACGAGUGGACCCUCCUAAGAUUCAGUACAACACUGCUCAGCUUUCAACAGUGACUGAAGCCUGUCCUGCCCCAGGCGCUAGAAAACUCAUUCCGGGAACCAACACACCCUACUCUCCUGUUCCAGAAUCUAUCCGCAAGCAACAACAACAGUUCCAGAAAGAAGAUGAUGUUCCAGUAUUCCUGAAAGGUGGCCCAGUGGACGGCAUCCUGUACCGUUUAACCUUGGCGCUCUGUGUUGUUGGUCUCGUCGGAAUAGGCCACACUGUUUACGACCAUGCGUUCCCAAAACAGUAAAUGAAUUUAUUUAAUAAUUUAUGUAUUAGAUUUCUGUGUUAUGCAAAUACCAGCACUGUAAUUAGAUGCUAAUAAAGGUGCAAAGAUAAAA